AUGACUAAUUGGACAAACGUGUCCAGCUGCCCGUUCAGCAUCACUUUAUGCGCGGAGGACAUUAUGGAUAGUAAUGCAACUGCUGAGCACUUUGAGUACCCGGUCCAUCUCUUCCCAGUCCCUAUCCUGACUGGCAUCACAGUGACGUGCUCUUUCCUGUUCCUCGUCGGAAUCGCUGGGAACCUGUUGACCAUCCUGGUGGUCACUAAAUACAAAGACAUGCGAACCACCACCAACCUUUACCUCUGCAGCAUGGCACUUUCAGACCUGCUCAUUUUCCUCUGCAUGCCCCUCGACCUGUACCGGGUCUGGCGGUACCGACCGUGGAACUUUGCUGUGGUGGUUCUAGCGUUUGUUCUCUGCUGGCUGCCGUUCCACGUCGGUCGUUAUCUCUUCUCCAAGUCAUCCGAGGCCAAUUCUCCUCUCAUCUCCCAAAUCAGCGAAUACUGCAACCUGGUCUCAUUCGUGCUGUUUUACCUCAGCGCCGCGAUCAACCCCAUCCUCUACAACAUCAUGUCAAAGAAGUACAGGAGCGCGGCGUGCAAGCUGUUCAGAGUGAAGCGUGCUCCUAGACGAUCAGUGCAGAGCUUCGUGAACGCUGAGAGCUUUUCGGUUUGGAAUGAAUACAGCUGGAGCACGUGA